AUGGAGGAUGACGACGAGGCAGACUCGGAGCUGGAAAAGAAGCCGAAGGGGAAGUCGAGACGGCCAAAGGAGGACGACUUCACGCAGCAGCGGUUGAAGGCGAUCCACCCGAUCUUGACGGCGAGUGCGGUCAUCCCCAUGUUUGUGUGUCUUGCGAUCAUCUUCAUCCCUAUCGGGGCGUCGAUGCUCCACGCGUCGAACAACGUGCAGGACUUCACAAUCAACUACGCGGAGUGCUCCACGCGGGCGAACUCGGACACGUGGACGGACGUCCCGCUGGAGCUGUACACGCACCACUUCAAGAGCAAGGUGAGCACGACCCCGAAGUGGAAGUUGGCGAGAAACGACUCGUUUGUGUGGGACGGCUUUGACGAGGAGCGGAACAUCUGCCAGCUGCAGUUUGAGAUCCCCAACAACCUCAAGGGCCCGCUGUUCCUCUUCUACAAGCUGACCGGGUUCCACGCCAACCACCGGCAGUACGUGAAGUCCUUUUCCGAGGACCAGUUGAACGGGAAGGACGCGAGCGUGAGCGUGAUCAAGGACACCGUGGGCCAGAACUGCCAGCCGUUGUCGGUCGACGACGCGGGGAAGAUCAUCUACCCGUGCGGCUUGAUAGCCAACUCCAUGUUCAACGACACGUUCGAAUCGACGCUCUUCGCGGUCAACGACACCGACGCAAGCAACUACGCCAUGACCACCGACGGCAUCGCCUGGUCGACCAACAAGAACCGCUUCAAGAAGACGUCCUACAACCUCAGCAGCAUCGUGCCUCCGCCCAACUGGUCCAAGCUCUACCCCAACGGCUACAACGAGACCAACCUUCCGGACAUCGGCCACUGGCCCCAGUUCCAGAACUGGAUGUCCCCCGCAGCGCUCUCCGACUUCAGCAACAUGGCCCUCAGAAACGACCACGACACCCUUACCCGCGGCCUCUACCAGCUCAGCGUGGGCCUGCACUUCCCCACCACCGAGUACCACGGAGGCAAGUACGUCUACCUCAGCACCGCCAGCUCCAUCGGCGGCAAGAACGCCUUCCUCGGCAUCAGCUGGAUCGUCGGCGGCCUCAUCUGCCUUGCCCUAGCCCUCGUCCUGGCCUUUGGCGUGCUGGUCAAGGGCAGACGCCCGGGCGACACCAACCUCUUGAGCUGGAACCGCCACCACGACGGCCACGACGACCACACCGACCACACCGACUAG